AUGUCUGUCCCAUGAUAAACAACACAACUACUCACAGUCCCAAGUAUCAAAAAACAAACCAAACCCAGUUUGUGUGUGAGCAUAGGAACUUGGCAGUGUUUCUUUCUCUCUAAUGGACUACCUUUCCACUUCUACUAACCCUAGCUCAUCUGGGUUUUCUUCAGCGGGAAAUAACAACAAAGAAAAGAAGCCGAAGGGUGGGAAAAGAAGCAAAGGAGUGAAGCUCUCCACUGAUCCUCAGAGUGUGGCAGCUAGGGAAAGGAGGCACAGAAUCAGUGACAGGUUCAAGAUCCUGCAGAGCUUAGUACCUGGUGGGAGCAAGAUGGACACGGUGUCUAUGUUGGAAGAAGCUAUUCACUACGUGAAGUUCCUCAAGACUCAGAUUUGGCUUCACCAAACCAUGAUCAACUUUGUGGAUGAAGACCCAUCUCUGUAUCUUGCUGGUACUUAUCUGCCUCCGCAAGAGAGCUAUUAUGCACAAAACGUUUUAGUCGAUCAAGUACAACCUUCAGAACUAGUACCACGGCCAAUAAGUUCUUCCUUCCAAUGUGAAGAGCCUGUGCCUUUUGACACUUAUGCGAAAUACUAGGCUUUUGGUCUCUAUGUGUUUGUGUCUGUUUGGGGAAGGGAUGGUGGUGUUGUAUGAUCUAUCAUCUAUGUGGUGUUUGCUAGAAAAUCAUGAGAUUGUUGUAGUUGUUGUUAAGGGUAUUAUUUUUGAGGGAUGUGUGAUAAUGGAAUCUUGUGUAAAAUUCUAAUGUUAAAUUAAAAUGUAGCU